GGCCUAUCGAUAAAUUGGAUGGGUGUUGUGUUUUAAGAAAGUAGAAUACUAUCGUUUACGCCCACUAGCUAAGUAGGUCAAAAUACAUGAUAAUUUUUGUUCUAGAAGUAAAUCAUCACAUCGACUAAAACAUAAUUCAGAGUCUAAUGUGUUGGAUUAAUUUAAGUAAUGUAAUUUCAAAACAUGCAAGCAAUAAAAGGUGAUCACAUAUGGCUUGAAGUGGAUAAAAAAAGCGAAUUCUCCGUCCCCAUAGGUGCUACGGUCAUAGGAACAGACUCUGGCCAAAUACAGCUUCUAGACGAUGAUGGCAGAGAGCACUGGGUGGACGGUGGUCAAGUUUUUCGUCCAAUGCACGUGACUUCGGUGGACGGAGUCCAGGACAUGAUCAGCUUGGGAGAUUUUAGCGAGGCAGGAAUUCUGAGAAAUCUCUUCAUACGUUAUAAAGACAACCAAAUCUAUACAUACACAGGCUCCAUCCUCAUUUCUGUAAACCCUUACCAAGAUUUGCCAAUCUACAGUCAGGAACAAGUAGAAAGGUACAAAGCCAAGAAAAUAGGAGAGCUACCUCCACAUAUAUUUGCUAUAGCAGACAAUGCUUACGGUAGCAUGCACAAAUCUAAUCAAGAUCAAUGUAUUAUUAUCAGUGGAGAAUCAGGCUCUGGGAAGUCGGAAUGCACAAAAUUUAUUCUGCAAUACCUAGCAUCUGUUUCAGGUCAACAGUCAUCCAUUGAACAACAGAUACUGCAGGCAUAUCCAAUUCUGGAAGCAUUUGGUAAUGCCAAAACAAUACAGAAUGACAAUUCUAGUCGCUUUGGAAAAUAUAUUGACAUACACUUUGAUGAGAGAGGUGUUAUUGAAUGUGCUAAGAUUGAGCAAUACUUGCUGGAAAAAUCUCGCAUUGUCAGCCAACGAAAAGGGGAGAGAAAUUACCACAUCUUUUAUGGUAUGUUAGCUGGCCUCACAGCAGAAGGGAAAGCCAUGUUUGAAGUGCAGGAUUCAGAGAACUUUGAAUAUCUUUUACAGGGAGAGAGGAUAGAAUGUGAGGGUAGAGAGGAUGAAAAAGACUUUGAUGAAUUCCGAUCUGCGAUGAAAGUGUUGAUGUUUGAUGAUGAGGACAUGGUAAACAUACUUAAGAUAUUGUCUGCUUUACUUCACAUUGGGAAUGUUAGAUUUAAUGAAUUUGAACUUGAUAAUAUUGAGGCUUCAGAAAUUGAAGAUGUGACUGGCAUUAACAUUACAGCAUCAUUUCUAGAGGUUGAUCCCCAAGCUCUCAUUGAUGCCUUGACGACCAAAACAAUUUUUGCCAAAGAUGAGAGUGUGACAUAUACCAUGAAGAAGAUGCAAGCCAUGGAUGUUAGGGAUGCUUUUGCAAAAGGAAUAUAUGGCAGACUUUUCAUCUGGAUUGUGAACAAAAUCAAUGCAGUUCUGUACAAGCCACAGUACCAUAAAAAAAAGUCAAUUAAAGUCCUUGAUAUCUUCAGCUUUGAAAACUUUGACAAAAACAGCUUUGAACAGCUGUGUAUCAACUAUGCCAUUGAAAGUCUUCAGCAAUUUUUUGUCACUCAUGUUUUCAAACUUGAGCAAGCUGAGUACAACAAUGAAGGCAUCAACUGGAAAAAUAUUGAAUUUGUAGACAACCAGGGAGUGCUGGAUCUGAUUGCUGACAAGCCCAUGAAUAUUCUGGCAUUGAUGGAUGAAGAAAGCAAAUUUCCAAAAGGGACAGAUGAAAGUAUGUUGAACAAGCUUCACUUUUAUCAUUCCAACAACCAGUACUACCUGAAGCCUAAAGCAGCUGUUACACAGACCUUUGGACUGAAACAUUUUGCUGGCUUAGUUGUUUAUGAUCCUGAUGGUUUCUUAGAGAAAAACAGAGACACGUUUAGCUCUGAUCUAGUACAGCUAAUACAGACAUCAAAGAGCAAGUUUCUCAAAACACUGUUUGCUUCUGACAUCACAGAAACAGAUGCCAGAAAGAAAGCUGCUACUUUGGCUACACAGUUUAAAAAGUCUCUGGAGCAGUUGAUGGCUACAUUGAAUGUCUGUCACCCUUACUUUGUCAGGUGCAUCAAACCUAAUGAUGUCAAGAGACCACAGGUAUUUGACAGAGCUCUAUGUUGUAAACAGCUGAGAUACCUGGGCAUGAUGGAGACUAUACGGAUUCGAAGAGCUGGUUACCCUAUAAGGCAUCGCUACAAUGAGUUUGUCACUAGAUAUAGGAUGCUGGUCAAAGGCCUGGCCCCUGCUUCAAUGGGGGACAGUAAAACUAUGGCUGGAAAAAUUUGCUCAGCGCUUCUUAACAAUGCAGAUUUCAGACUUGGCAAAACAAAACUUUUCUUAAAGGUGGCACAAGACUCCUAUCUUGAACAAUUAAGAGAGAAUAUUUUGUCAGAAAAAAUGUCUAUAAUUCAGCUUGCAUCAAAAACUUGGCUGUGCAGAAAACGGUAUUUAAAGAUGAAACAAGGCUUCACUCGUUUGCAGGCUGUUUACAGGUCUAAAAUAUUAUCUACCAGGUACAGAAAAAUUUUUCAGUGGAUUAUAAACUUGCAAAGUUUUUGCAGAGGAUAUCUUCUACGUAAAACUCUUAAAAGAAAAGAGUUCUGCAGUCUUCAGACACAAGAACUGUAUCAGCAGAGGUCAGUUGACUUGACCGACUCUAGUGGUGGUCAGACACAUGACAGUCCUAAUGUUGUGGAACACAAGACAUCAGCCCAAGAGAUAUCUAAAGAAGAUUUGAAAACAUCAAACUCAUUUGCAGGAUUUGCUGCCAAAUAUUUUCAAGACAAUGCCACUAGCUCUUUCACCACUAAAGCUUUAAGAAAGUCUUUGUUGCAAUUAGAUGAUGUAGUGGAUCAAAUAGCAUCUCUUGCUGUGUGGACAGUCAUCUUACAGUUCAUGCUGAACAGACAAGAAAGUGAGGAUGAGGAAGAUAAAAAGAACUACAGAUGUGUUAUGUCCAGACUUCAUACUACACUUGAGAAAAAGCUCAACUAUCAGGAUCUAGAAAAGAUUGUUUCAGACACUACAAAUGAAGAGCAGGCUGGCUCAUCCACAUCAGUUGCAGAAGACCUCUCUGUUCUCAUGACCCUUUCUAAACUGAACUGUUUUCUAGCAGAUCCUCCACUGUCUGACCUGGAGAGAGUGCACUUUGUUGUGGGCCUUGGCAUUUUGAGGCCACACUUAAGAGAUGAAAUCUACUGCCAACUGUGUAAGCAGUUAACAAACAACGACAAUAAUGAUGCUGUAUCAAGAGGAUGGACCCUGUUAAGUCUUUGUGCUAUAAGCUUUCCACCCUCACAGAAGUUGUUCCCUUACUUGUCUAACUUUGUCAGUGAUAGUCAAAUGGUCCAAGCUUCAUCUUGUGAAUCAUUUUUACAAAAAAUGUCUGGAUUAUUGCCAAGAAAACAGCCUCCAUGCUGGAUGGAAUAUCAGCAGUUUGUGGGAAACAAGACUGCCAUCUCUUUAAGUGUAACACUGACAGAUGGCAAUGAUCUGACAUUCAAUGUGACCCCAUUCAUCAUUGUGGAGGAUUUAAAGAGGCAGAUUUCAGACCAAAUAAACUUAAAGGAUGAAUUUGGAUUUUCUCUGUUUAUGACUACAUCAGAUAAAAUGGUUAGAGUUGAAGAUGGAAGCUAUGUGAUGGAUGCUGUGUCUCUGUCUGAGCAAGAGGCAAAAGAAGCUGGCUGUGAAGAAGAAGAUGGCAAUGGGAAGAUGAUAUUCCGUAAAGAAAUUUUCACCCCUUGGCAUGAUUCAGCGGCUGAUCCAGUUGCUACUGAUUUGAUUUAUAGCCAGGUCGUAGAAGGUGUCUCAACAGAUGAGUACAGCACAGACCAGGAGGAUGAUUUAGCUAUGUUUGCAGCCCAGAGAUAUUUCAUUGAAAAUGGCCUAAAGCUAGAUAAAGAUUCGCUCAAAUCUCUCAUAAAUACAUACAUCCCUGACACUUAUAUUCAAGGAGAAUCUGAUGUCAGCCGUUGGGUCGACUUGAUCUCUGUCAAGCUUAAAGAUUCUUAUUUCUCUAACAAUAUAACAGAUGCUUUGAAGGUCAAACAAGAUGUGGUAAGCUAUGCCAGGUAUAAGUGGCCUUUACUUUUCUCUCGCUUCUAUGAAGUGAGCAAGCUCAAUGGACCACAGCUAUCUAAGGAUGAAGCACUCAUCGCAGUCAACUGGACAGGGGUUUACGCUGUAGAUCAUGAUGAACAGAUUCUACUAGAGUUAUCUUUCCCUGAGAUCUUCAAUAUCACAGCAAGCAGUUUCAAGACAAGUGGCAUGAGUCAAAAAGGUGUUGCACUGUUGUCUGUUGGUGGUGACAUGUACACUUGCCUGACCAGUAGUGCUGAUAAUCUUGGAAAUUUGAUCAAGACAUUUAUAGAUGGACUUAAGGAAAGAUCCAAAUAUGCCAUAGCUAUAAAGUCAUGUAGCUUUUCUGAAAACACUUCACAGUUGAUAUUCAAAAAAGGUGAUUUCAUUCAGUUGGACAACCAAUCCAUCAAAAGUCCAGGGACACAACCUUUGUCAUACUCUGGACUAAAUAUGAAUAAUAAUCAAAAAGGAAAAUUCUCUACAGACUGUGUUUAUAUAAUACCAACAAUAACUAAACCCCCAUUGGUGAUUCUGAAUCUCCUAACUCACUGGGCCAACUCUCAGAGAGAUGUUGAAGUUGGCCAAUCUAAUGCUACCUCUACAAAACUUGAAAAAGAAGCAGAUAGUAGAAAAGUAAAGUUCCUGCCAACUGGUGUGCAUCAUACACUUCAACAUUAUGCUAGAGACUAUUUCAGGUCUUCCAAGAAGUCUAAACAGCGCAAUCAAGAACUAUGGAAAUAUUCCAAAGACCCAUUGAAAAAGCCUUUACUUAAAGAUCUUAUUGGACAGGAAGAUCUGAGUUCCAUGGCUCAUGAAAGCUACAUUGGUAUUUUAAAAUACAUGGGAGAUUACCCUAGUAAAAAGACUAGGAUCUCCAGUGUUUUCUUCACAGAUCAAAUUUUUUCCCCUGCCCUUUCUAAUGACUUCGUAAGAGAAGAAAUCUACUGCAUUAUAAUGAAGCAGCUGACUGACAACAAGAAUAGUGUGAGUGAAGCUAGAGGAUGGGAACUCAUGUGGCUGGCAGUUGGACUGUGUGAGCCUGGCACUCUCUUGCUACAAGAAUUAAACUUAUUCCUGAGUUCAAGGUCACAUAUCAAAUUAGCUGCUGAGAGCUUACAAAGGCUGGAGAAACGUAAAAAUAAAAGUACAAGGAAAGUACCUCCCCAUUUAGAAGAAGUUGAAGCAGUGCAACAGAAAAUGUUGAAGAUUUCACACGAAGUGCACUUCCCUAAUGGCAAUGAUGAGACAUUUGAGAUUGAUUCAAGCACCACAGCUGCUGAUCUGUGCCAGGAAAUUGCCAAGCAUCUAAGGUUGAAGUCAGUUGAAGGCUUCAGUCUUUACAUCCAGAUAGGAGAUAAAUCUUACAGUAUACCAGGUGAAAGUUAUUACUUUGACUUUUUGAGAUCUUUAACUACUGAAAACAAUGCCAAGUCCAAGUCUCAGAAGAAAGGGGAACAAGGAGCCUCCACUGUGUCAUAUGAACUAUUAUUUCAAAAGAAGAUUUGGGUGGAAACUAUACCAGGUGAUGAUCUCCAAGCAGAUUUAAUUUUUCAUUAUAAUCAGAUGUUUCCCACAUACUUCAAAGGCCACCACAAGUGUAACAAAGAAGAAGCUGCCCAGCUUGGUGCGCUCGUAUACAGAGUGAUGAAUGGAGAGGAUGAGUCCAACCUUUCACAAUUUCCAGAGAUUUUGAGUGAACUUAUGCCCAUUGACCUCAUGUGUGAACAGCCAACUCAAGAGUGGACUGAUCAAAUCAUUUCAGCCUUUCACAAGUACAAAGGUAAAAAUAAGGAAGGAGCAACAGUAGAGUUUCUAAAGAUAAUGUCCACAUGGGGUACAUUUGGCUCAGAAUUUUUUGAAGUCACACAGGUUUCUGAAAGCAAUUUGCCUGGGAAAUUAAUUCUUGCCAUCAAUGAAAAUGGUGUACACUUACUAGACUUAAAAACUAAGGCACAGCACAUGAGAUAUCCUUUGUCUAAAAUUUCCAGUUGUAAAAGUGAUGAUUCAUCAUUUUUUAUAGUUUUAAAAAGCAGUCUGGAUACUGAUGUGGAGUUUAAAUGUCUGACUAAAAUGGGAUACAGAAUGCAAGAUCUUUUAUCAUCUUAUAUGAAACUAAUCAACUAGUCAAAAAAUAAAUUAACACAAGCUUUAGUUUGGAACCUCCAGAGGAGAACAUCCACAUUUUGAUCUACUAAUAAGUGCUGAUUUAGUUUUAGUUGAUCUGUGAAUAGAAAACUUAGAAAAGCUGAAAUUGUUUCAGAUUACUAGUAUCAUAUCUAAAACAUACCUGUUAUUAGUUGAAUAAUGUCAUGGCCUGAAUUGUGCCGAUAGGCCUAAAAUCCAAAAUCCAAUCAUACCAUUACUAAGCAAAUUAUUAUAGCUUUUCUUGUACCUAAAACUGUAUGCAGACAUGUAUCUUCUUCUUUUAAUUAUGUUCUUUUUUCAAGAAAUGUCUUGAAUUUAUAAAAUAACAGUUUUUAACCAAAUUUGUCUAUGAUUUAAUACAUUUUGGUUAAUGUUUAAAAUUUUGCUUUAUUGUCAUGAAGUUGCUUAAAUUUUAUUGUAUUCAAAUCAGGCAUCAACUUUGGCAUUAUUAUAAAAAGCCUAGUAUGGUUUUAAAAUACUGAUUUAAUAUGAUAAAAAUUUGCUUUUAUACAAAUAUAUUUAAAUACCGGUACCUAUUUAUUAUAUUUUGUAAAUAUUUAUAGCAGUUUUUAUUAGCCAUUUAUUAAGGGUAAUUAAAAAAAUGUUAUGAAAGUUACUUUUAACUUUUCCUUGUUGCAAAUUGGUAUAAAAUUUAUUUGAAUGAUCGUAUAUAAAUUUAUGGAUAUUAGCCUAAGCCUUAAUAUAUUAAAUAAAGAGUAUGCACAGAUUCUACAAUAUUUAGGUUGAUUGACUGCCUGGUCAAAUGAUAUGUACUUUGUGCUGUCAACUAGUUCAAACCUUGCCCUCUUCCAUCCCCUGCCAUCCUGCAGGAGUUUUGGACUAGGACAUAUUAAUCUCUGAAGGAAUGUCUGAAACUUAUACAACAAAACUAAGACUGCUGAAUACUGGUAGUGUUUAAAAAUGUUGUAUCAUUUCAGAUUUUAUACUUAUUUCCAUUUUACAAUUCAUGAUUUAAGAAGAUAUUUGGAGGUUUAAUAAUAUUACAUUAAAAAUUGUUUAAACCUUUGAAUGAAACCUUCUCUCAUCAAAUUAAACUAAAAAAGCUUAUUAUGCUUAAAUAUUUUGUAUGAGCAUUUAAAGAAUCUUUUACAGAAUUAUUGCAUCUUUAUAUUUGUUAGUAAUGGUAAACGCUUUUUUUUAUGCUCUCGAUAAGUGUCUCACGCUAAUUUAUUUUCAAUGUUGUAUUUUAAGCUACAAUAAUUUAAAUUAAUUUAAGGUAUCUAACUGAAAAAUGAAAUUAUUGUAAAUUCUGUCUUUCAUCUUUAUUAUGUGAUAUUAAAUUAAGAUUACGCUCAUCUUUAAUUUUAACAAGAAUUUUGUGAUAAUUUGAGUGCUUUCUUAUUGAACUAUUUAGAUGAAGAAGAAAUAAAUUCAAGAGAUGUAAAAAA